CCGCCCCCUCUCCCGUCGCGCGCGCGCGCCGCCGCCGGCGGAAGAUGGCGGCCUCCACGCUGAAGUGGAAGCGCGUCUCGGGUUCGAGCGGCCCGGUGCCGCGGCCCCGCCACGGACACCGGGCCGUGGCCAUCAAGGAGCUGAUGGUGGUGUUCGGCGGCGGCAACGAGGGCAUCGUCGACGAGCUGCACGUUUACAACACAGCCACGAACCAGUGGUUCAUCCCGGCAGUGCGAGGAGACAUCCCACCCGGCUGUGCUGCCUAUGGCUUCGUCUGCGAUGGCACCCGCCUGCUGGUCUUCGGGGGAAUGGUGGAGUACGGCAAAUACAGCAACGACCUCUAUGAAUUGCAGGCCAGCCGAUGGGAGUGGAAGAAACUCAAGCCCAAACCUCCCAAGAAUGGCUCCCUGCCCUGCCCACGCCUGGGCCACAGCUUUUCCCUGGUGGGAAACAAGUGUUACCUGUUCGGGGGCCUGGCCAACGAUAGCGAGGACCCCAAGAACAACAUUCCACGGUAUUUGAAUGACGUUUACAUUCUGGAGCUGAGGCCGGGCUCGGGGGUGGUGAGCUGGGACAAUCCCAUCACCUACGGGGUGCUGCCCCCUCCGCGGGAGUCCCACACCGCCGUCAUCUACACCGACAAGGACAUGAAGAGCUCCAAGCUGGUCAUCUACGGAGGCAUGAGUGGCUGUCGACUUGGAGAUCUCUGGACUCUGGACAUCGACACCCUGACGUGGAACAAGCCCAAUGUGAACGGCGUCUCCCCGCUUCCCCGCAGCCUUCACUCAGCCACGACUAUCGGCAACAAGAUGUACGUGUUUGGCGGCUGGGUGCCUCUGGUUAUGGACGACGUGAAGGUGGCCACACACGAGAAGGAGUGGAAGUGUACCAACACACUGGCCAGCCUCAACCUGGACACAAUGACCUGGGAACCGGUCAUCAUGGAAACCCAGGAGGACAACUUGCCCCGGGCUCGAGCGGGACACUGUUCGGUGGCCGUGAAUUCCAGGCUGUACAUCUGGAGCGGCCGGGACGGAUACCGGAAAGCCUGGAAUAAUCAGGUGUGCUGUAAGGAUCUCUGGUACCUGGAGACAGAGCGACCGCCGGCACCGUCGAGGGUGCAGCUGGUGCGGGCCAACACCAGCUCACUGGAGGUGAGCUGGGGCUCGGUGCCCACGGCCGACUCCUACCUCCUGCAGCUGCAGAAGUACGACCUCCCUGCCGCUGCCUCACCCGCCCCCCAGCCCCUGCCCUCCGUCCCCGCCGGGCAGCCCAAGAGCCCGGCCCCCGCCUCGGCGGCCCCCACCCCCCCUCAACCGGGAGCGUCCGCCCCCAGCUCAUCUCCAGCCACCGCCGCGUUGGCCCCUCCUCAGUCCCUGCUGGGCAGCGCCACCGGAAUCCGGGGCCCAGGAACGACUGCUGUGCUGCGAGUGGCCUCCCCCCAGUCUCCGGCCGUGCUGACCAGCGGCACCUCCCUCAUCACGGUUCGGCAGGCGGGCCAGCCGGUGAAGGCUCCUGCCCCCGCCACCACCCUGUCCACGGGGGUCCGGAUGGUGGUGCCAGCGCAGGGCGCCCAGGCCAUGACAAUUGGGGGUGGCACACAGAUGAGUGGCAUGGCUGCCUUGGCAGCCGCAGCCGCCGCCACCCAGAAGAUCUCCCCGACCACCAUCUCCAGCGUGCUUGGCGUCCCCGGCUCCACCAUGAUCAAAACCGUGGCCGUGGCCCCCGGAUCCACCCUGCCUGCUACCGUCAAGAUGUCUUCCUCUCCCAUUAUGGUGAGCAAUCCGGCCACGCGGAUGCUGAAGUCGGCCGCAGCUCAGGUCGGGACCUCGGGAACCACCGGCUCGCCCCUGCGGCCCAUCAUCACGGUCCACAAAUCUGGCACGGUGACCGUGGCACAGCAGGCCCAAGUGGUGACCACCGUGGUGGCCGGUGUAACCAAAACUAUCACCCUUGUGAAGAGCCCCAUCUCCAUGUCCGGCAGCAGUGCUCUGAUCUCCAGCCUGGGGAAGAUGGUCUCCCUGGUUCAGACGAAACCCGUGCAGUCAGGAGUGGUCACGGGUCAGGCAUCCUCCAACCCCGUCACGCAGUACAUACAGACCAAAGGCCCGCUGCCCCCAGGCGCCACCAUCCUGAAGCUGGUGACAUCAGCAGACGGCAAGCCCACCACCAUCAUCAGCACCUCGCAGGCGGCAGGGGCAGCCGCCACCAAGCCCACCCUCCUGGGCAUCAGCAGUGUCUCGCCCAGCACCGGCACCAAGCCCGGAGCCACCACCAUCAUCAAGACCAUCCCCGUUUCUGCCCUGAUGGCCCAGCAGGGCUCUGCAGUCACGAGCAACACCGGGAUUAAAUCGCCCAUCACCAUCUUCACCACCAAGGUGGUGACACCAGGAACCGGCAGCCCGGCCAAGAUCAUCACCGGCGUGCCCAAGAUCACCGGAGGGGUGGGCCAGCAAGGGCUGACCCAGCCCGCGCCAGAGCCCACCCGCAUCACGCUGAUCGCCGCUCCCAGCGGGGUGGAAGCUUCGUCCAUCCAGGAGCUGCCCGUCACCAUCCUGGCCUCGCCCACCGCCGAGCAGCCCAGCCCGGUGGCAGAGCCGGAGGGCAGGCAAGGGGAGGGGCAGGCCGCCAGCGGGGUGCCCCUGGUCUGCUCCAACCCGCCCCACGAGACCUCGGAGACCAACACCACCAACACCGCCACCACUGUCACCGCCAACAUGGGUGCCAAUCAGGUCCAGCCGCCGCCCACUAAUGCCCAGGGACUCCCAGAGACGGUGCACGGAGAGACGGCGACCGCGGGCACCACCAACACCGCCACAACCGUGUCUGCGGCGCAGAGCGGAGCCAACACCACCGUCACCCAAUCCACGCCCACACCCGGCCCCUCCAUCCCGAACGUCCCCUCGAUAUCGGAGGGAACCAACGUCACCACAGCGACCGAGCAGCCCGCCUCCUCCACGUCGGAGCAGGAGCCCAUCGCUGAGCCGCCGGCAGCAGCCAGCAGGGACCCCCCGCCUGCGGCCGAGCCCCUCCCGCUGGGCGAGCCGCCGGCCGACACCCAGCUGACCCCUCCAGCGGAGCUGAUGGCCGAGAGGGUGCCGGGCCCAGGGGGGCUGACAGGGCUGACGCCCGAGGAGCUGGCGGUGACGGCAGCGGCCGAGGCAGCCGAGCAGGCCGCCGUGUACGAGGAGGUGCAGGCACUCGCCCUCCAGGCCGUUCUCCAUGCCGCCCAGCAGGCCGUCAUGGGACCCAACGAGCCGAUGGAUACGUCGGAGACGGGGCAGCAGCCUCCCGAGCCGGACCUGAGCCAGCUGGGCGGGGAGCCGGCCGAGGGUCAGCAGCCGGCCCUGCCGCUGGCCGUGCUAGCCCAGCAGGACCUGGCCGCCCUGGUACAGCAGCAGCCACUGGAGGGGGCAGAGCAGGGCCAGCCCCAGCUCCCCACUGAGGCCCUGGCCCCUGCCGACAGCCUCAACGACCCGGCGGCCGAGAGCAACGGGCUGGCCACGGCGGCCAACGAAGGGGGCGGGCACGGUCUCCUCCCGCCUGGGACCACUGAGAGUUUGGCGCCGUCCAGCUCACUGGCCUCCUCCCCACUGCCGGCGGCGGUGCCCUGCCCGGCCAAACUCCAGGCGGCUGCCACCCUGACCGAGGUGGCCAAUGGGAUCGAGAACGCCGGUGUGAAAGCGGAUGCGGCCCCUGUCACCCCGAAGCCCCCCGUCAAGAAGGACCACAACCAGUGGGUGGACGUGGGGGUGAUCAAGGGAACGAGUACGGUGGUCACGCACUACCACCUCCCACUGGACACCUCCCCUCCCAGAGACGAUGACUCGUCCGUGGUGCCAGACUACAGCCAGCUGAAGCGGCAGGAGCUACAACCGGGCACUGCCUACAAGUUCAGGGUGGCGGGCAUCAACGCCUGUGGCCGGGGUCCUUUCAGUGAGAUCUCGGCUUUCAAGACCUGCCUGCCAGGGUUUCCCGGAGCACCCUGUGCCAUCAAGAUCAGCAAGAGUCCGGAUGGUGCCCACUUGACGUGGGAGCCUCCUUCCAUGACCUCGGGCAAGAUCAUCGAGUACUCUGUCUACCUGGCCAUCCAGAGCAGCCAGACCUUGGAGCUGAAGGCCAACAGCCCAGCCCAGCUGGCCUUCAUGAGGGUCUACUGUGGUCCCAAUCCCUCGUGCCUGGUCCAGACCACCAACCUCUCCAACGCCCACAUCGACUACACCACCAAGCCGGCCAUUAUCUUCAGGAUAGCAGCCAGGAACGAGAAAGGCUAUGGACCUGCCACGCAAGUCAGGUGGCUCCAAGAAACCAACAAAGAUGGCUCAGCAGUGAAGCCCGCAGUGAAACGGCCCAUCACCUCGCCAGAAAUGAAAUCCACCAAUGUCCCAAAGAAAACGAAAGUGGACGGCCAGUGAUUUUUGUAAUCGCUCUGACAUUGACCCAGCCCACCUCCCUUCCCCCUCACCCUCCCUCC